AUGAAGGCCUUUUCCUUUUUGGGCGCUUUGGCAGCCCUGCCCUCCCUCUCAUGGGCUCUGCCAACUGAGGGUGCCUCCAGCAAGCUUGAGAGCAGGGCCUCGUCGUGGUUUUUGCCCAACAUUGACCACACGACGGGAGCUGUCAGAGGUUAUGCUCCUGACCUGUUUAGCAGUGAUGGGUCGCAGAACUUCAACUACCCUGUUUAUAAGACAGUAGCAUCUGGAGACUCGGCAGGUUUUGUGGCUGCGUUGACCUCUGAUGGCCCCAGCGGCGGCGCGAGAGACGAAUGCUUCCUGGCUGCAGAGCCGCGUGUUAUCUAUCUGCCUCCAGGAACCUAUACGCUGUCGAGCACUGCGUUCUUUUACACAGACACAGUCAUCAUCGGUGAUGCCGCCAACCCUCCGACCAUUAAGGCGGCUGCUGGUUUCAACGGCGACUAUCUUAUUGUUGCCGGCCAAGCUGAUGGCAGUGCCCGUCCUUGCGGCGGCUUCUUUGGCGAAACCCACUUCUCCAUCAUGAUCAAGAACGUCAUCUUGGAUACCACAGCUAACUCGGGCAACUCUGGGUUUACUGCCAUGAGUUGGGCUCUUGCCCAGAACUGUGCUCUGGUCAACGUCAAGAUCAACAUGCCCUCAGGGGUUCAUACUGGUCUCUCUGUCGGAUCUGGAUCCACCAUCUCCGUCUCGGAUGUUUCAUUCAGCUUUGGUAACAUUGGAUUGCACUGGGCUGGCUCUCAGCAGGGUCAGAUCAAGGGCAUGACAUUCACCGAUUGCACCAACGGUAUCGUCAUCGAUGGUGGUAACACCAUCACUAUCUUUGCCCCAACUUGUAACACUGUUGGCCGUUGUAUCACUUACAACUCCGGAGAGCCCUGGGUCGCUGUCAUUGACGGCACCAGCAUCAACUCUGGUGACUUCUUCACCAGCGCCGUUGGUUUCCCCAACUUUAUGCUCGAAAACAUCUCCAAGGACACGACCAACUCCAACAUGGUUACCGUCAACGGCGCAGUCAAGGUUGGCGGCUCUACCAGCCUUGGAACCUAUGUCUACGGAAACACCUACGGCGCAAACCCGACUUAUCAGACCAACCCAACUUCACAGGCAGUGAACAGGCCUGCAGCGCUUGCUCCUGGCGGCAAAUUCCCUGUCGUCAAUGCCCCGCAAUACGCCACCUCAACCAUUAACGAUGUUAUCAACCUGAAGGAUUCCACCCAAAACGGUGGACACACUCUCCAGGGAGAUGGAUUUACUGACGACACUGCUGCUCUCCAGGGUGCCAUCAACACCGCAGCCAACGCCGGCAAAAUCGCUUACCUGCCAUUCGGUAUCUACAUUGUGACCUCAACCAUCACUCUGCCCCCCGGAACUGAGUUGUACGGUGAGGGUUGGUCCACCAUCUCCGGAUCUGGCAGCGCUUUCUCCAACGAGCAAAACCCAACUCCUGUUGUCCAGAUUGGAAGCACCCCUGGCCAGAAGGGUGUCGCCCACGUCCAGGAUAUCCGUUUCACUGUCAACCAGGCUCUGCCCGGCGCGAUUCUUCUCCGCGUCAACAUGGCCGGUAACAACCCUGGUGAUGUCGGUGUCUUCAACUGUCUCAACACCAUUGGUGGCACUCGUGAUACUUCUCUCAGCUGCAGCAGUGAAGCUAACUGCCGUGCCGCUUACCUUGGUGUUCACUUGGCUGCUGGAUCCUCGGCUUACAUUGACAACUUCUGGUCUUGGGUUGCUGACCACGCCACUGAUGGAAGCAACAAGGGCACUCGAACUGCCGUCAAGGGUGGCGUCCUCGUUGAGGCUACGGCCGGUACCUGGCUGACGGGUCUUGGAUCUGAGCACAACUGGCUCUUCCAGCUUGGUUUCCACAACGCCGCCAAUGUUCUCAUCACCCUCUUCCAGAGUGAGACCAACUACAACCAGGGUAACAACGCCGUUGUUCUCCCUGGACAGCCCUUCACUGCUACUGCCUCUGAUCCCAACUUCUCUUGGUGCGGUGGUAGCGACUCCACUUGCCGCAUGGGUCUUGCCCAGUGGUACACUGGCAGCAACAGCAACAUCUUCCACUACGGAGCUGGUAGCUGGAACUUCCAAAGCUUGACAGGAGUUUACCAGGGGCUUAUGAACUACAUUCAAACCACCAUCUCCGGUGCCCACCUCUAUGGUUUCACCAGUGGACCUCAGACUGGAGAGACAAUGAGACUGCCUGACGGCAAAGAAUUUGGCGAUGGCUCCACUGACGGUUUCGGUGGAUCUUGGCUGACUUUGAUUGCUGGUAUUAACAGCCAAUCGUAA